CAGCACCUUGGUCCCCUGCUCCCGCGACAUGGCCUUCAACUUUGAGGCUCCCUCGGGCACCUCGGGUACCGCUGCAGCCACCACGGCCCCCGCGGGUGGGUUUAGUGGAUUUGGGACAACGUCUACAACGGCAGGUUCUGCAUUCAGCUUUUCUGCUCCAACUAACACAGACACUACUGGAUUCUUUGGUAGUACUCAAAACAAAGGUUUUGGAUUUGGUACUGGUUUUGGUACGACAGCUGGAACUAGUACUGGUUUAGGUACUGGUUUGGGAACUGGACUUGGAUUUGGAGGAUUUAAUACACAGCAGCAGCAGCAGCAGCAGCAACAGACUACAUUAGGUAGUCUCUUCAAUCAGCCUACACAAGCUCCUGCCCAGUCCAACCAACUGAUAAAUACUGCAAGUGCUCUUUCUGCUCCAACACUACUGGGAGAUGAGAGAGAUGCUAUUUUGGCAAAAUGGAAUCAACUACAGGCCUUUUGGGGAACAGGAAAAGGAUGUUUCAACAGUAACAUUCCACCAGUGGAAUUCACACAAGAAAAUCCUUUUUGCCGAUUUAAGGCAGUAGGUUAUAGUUGUAUGCCCAAUAAUAAAGAUGAAGAUGGGCUAGUGGUUUUAGUUUUCAACAAAAAAGAAACAGAUAUUCGAAGCCAGCAACAGCAGUUGGUAGAAUCAUUGCAUAACGUUUUGGGAGGAAGCCAGACCCUUACUGUAAAUGUAGAGGGUAUUAAAACAUUGCCAGAUGAUCAGACAGAAGUCGUCAUUUAUGUUGUUGAGCGUUCUCCAAAUGGUACUUCAAGAAGAGUUCCAGCUACAACACUAUAUGCCCAUUUUGAACAAACCAAUAUAAAAACACAAUUGCAGCAACUUGGUGUAACCCUUUCUAUGACUAGAACAGAACUUUCUCCUGCACAGAUCAAACAGCUUUUACAGAAUCCUCCUGCUGGUGUUGAUCCAAUUAUCUGGGAACAAGCCAAGGUGGAUAACCCUGAUUCUGAAAAGUUAAUUCCUGUACCAAUGGUGGGUUUCAAAGAACUUCUUCGAAGACUGAAGGUUCAAGAUCAGAUGACUAAACAGCAUCAGACCAGAUUAGAUAUCAUUUCUGAAGAUAUUGGUGAAUUACAAAAGAAUCAAACUACAACUAUGGCCAAAAUUGCACAAUACAAGAGGAAGCUCAUGGACCUUUCCCAUAGAACUUUACAGGUCCUAAUUAAACGGGAAAUUCAGAGGAAGAGUGGGUAUGCCAUCCAAGCUGAUGAAGAGCAGUUGUGAGUUCAGCUAGAUACAAUUCAGUGUGAACUAAAUGCCCCUACUCAGUUUAAGGGCCGACUAAAUGAACUGAUGUCCCAAAUCAGGAUGCAGAAUCAUUUUGGAGCAGUCAAAUCUGAAGAAAGAUACUACAUAGAUGCAGAUCUGUUACGAGAAAUCAAGCAGCAUUUGAAACAACAACAGGAAGGCCUUAGCCACUUGAUUAGCAUCAUAAAAGAUGACUUAGAAGAUAUAAAGUUGGUAGAACAUGGAUUGAAUGAAACCAUCCACAUCAGAGGUGGUGUCUUCAGUUGACAGUUCACAAACUUGAAAGCUUUGUGAAAUAUAUUUUCUUGUUACAUCAGGCCUUCCUAAGAAGGAAACUGACCACAUGGAGGGGGCAAGAAGGGAAACAGUCCUCUCUCCUGACUUGGUUUUUGAGAAGGUUACUGACAAAUUAUUAUUCAUCAAAUCUGAAAUAAUUGUCACUUCACUGCUCUUCAGAUAGCCUUUGAAAGAUUUGCAUCUAAAAGCUGUAAUUACUUUAAAACAGUACA